UGUUAACUUUCGUUUUCUGUCCCCAAAAUGCUCUGCCACAAUAGUCUUUUUCGCUACUGCCACUACUUCUAGAUUCAUUGAUUUGCACAGGUUUGCUUAUUAUUACAAGAAAAAAGAUUUGGAGUAGAAGCAACACUAUUGUCACCCUAGAACAUACCGUUAUGGAACUGGCCACUUCACUUUACUACACUUCUCCAUACAAUCUCACAGCCGAUUAUAAUAAUAAUCAUAGGUGCCCAUCAAAAACCAAGCUCAACCCACCUUAUUAUCCAUGGGUUCCUACGGGAAGAUCUAAAACUUCGGGAUCUUCUUCUUUAUCAAGAAUGGUUUCAAAUGGGUAUGUUGGUAGAAGCAGCGGCAACUUUAGAUAUGGAGAUGGUAAUACUGUUAUUACUAAUACCAACUACAAGCAGCGACAGAAAUACACGCAGAUGGAGUCAUGUUUAGUCAUACCUCCACCUAAAGGUAGAAAGCCACGUGCCAUCAUCAAAUUCCUUGGUGGUGCCUUCAUUGGAGCUGUCCCUGAAGUCACUUACAGUUAUUUGAUUGAGCUAUUGGCAAAGGAUGGUUAUGUUGUUAUUUUAGUGCCUUACAACGUGACAUUCGAUCAUUCUAAAGCUGCUAAUCAAGUCUAUGAGAGGUUCAAUGCUUGCUUGGAUUUAUUACUGCAAUCUGGAUUGCCCCAUGAUAGUUUAACUGCUUCGGAGCUUGUUGGCCUUCCACUUUUUUCUGUUGGUCACAGCAAUGGGGCACUUCUCCAAGUUCUAACAGGAAGUUAUUUCUGUGAGAAGAUACCAAAGGCUAAUGCCAUAAUCUCAUUCAACAACAGGCCUGCUACAGAGGCGGUGCCAUAUUUUGAGCAGCUAGGUCCACUAGUUAACCAGAUGAUGCCUGUUGUCGAAGCUUCUCCAAUGUAUGCGAUGGCCAGGAGUGCCUCAGUAGGAGAUGCAUGGAAGGUUCUGCUUGAUACAGCUGGAGCAAUUAUACCUGAUAGUGAACAAGAAGCCCUAAUUUCAUUGACCAAAUUUGUUGAUCAGUUGCCAUCAGUAUUUGGUCAGGUCACAGAAGGGAUAUCAGAGUUCAAGCCACCACCCUCUGAAAACCGUGAUUGUUGCAGGAACUCGUAUAAUGUUCAACACACAUUACUGGUGAAGUUCAACUCUGAUGCGAUUGAUGAGACAGAUGUCCUUGAAGAGACCCUGAAACCUCGUGUUGAGUCCAUAGGUGGAACAAUAGAAAAGGUCCAGUUAAGUGGCAGCCAUAUCACCCCAUGCAUACAGGAACCAAAAUGGCAAGCAGGUUAUGUGUACACUCCUGUAGAUGCCAUUGCUCAAGGCCUUAAAACUCUCUCAUUGAAUGAGACUAAAGUCCUCUCCAGAACCAUCUGUGACUGGCUCAGGUGUUUUGAAGAUUUGAGUGCUUGAUGUUCAGCAUAAGGUUUUUUGAACGGUGCAUCCUUUCAUUAGAAAAAAGGAAUGUCAUAAGAUCCUGGUUCAUAAAUAUGGUUUGUGGUAAGUACAGAUUCACCAAAGCUGAUUUACCAUCAUGUAAAUACAUGCAUGCUUUUGCAUUAGAGUAUCUUUGGUAGGCUAAGGCAAAUGCAUUUUGCCCCCGUAUUUGAUUGAAGUUUCUGUAUAGUUAAGCGUACAGUCUCUCUCUCUCUCUCUCUCAACAAUAACUAAUGAACAUUUCCAUGGUAUCCUGCCAUUAUAAUGCUGUCGAUGUCUAGAGAUGUUUUGAAUAUUCUUGUCAGAACUUUUCGAAGAAAUACAAAAUCUGCUUCAGAAUUGCAAUA